CAAAGAGGACGCCGUGGCAUCAGCAGUACACAGGAAGAGGAAAUUGCAGCAUUCGUAUACUACAAUUUACUAGGCGGAGUAGCACGACGUCAACACAUCAAACAUACGGAAUCGCACCUGUGGAGUAACGAAGUUGCCCUUACGGCUGCUCUGGUCAAGGUCAUAGCUCUAGCUGACCAUGAAGAAGGUCGAACUGACGAACCGACAAUGCGAUGGAAAGAACACCCGCUAGGAGGCAAUGCGAGGGGGUCGAACCACUUCCAGACUUUCCUGCAUACCCAAAAUGAAGUGGUCAUCCUUGCAGAAGCAGGCACUUGCGGCGCCUCGAACAACAGUGAAAAAGAAACAAGAAAGGAAAGUAUAUCGAAGUUAGGUGCGGAAAAGAAGAGAAAGAAGUCAAUCGAAGGUGAAGCUCUCUCACAAGCGCAAGAGAAGCAGCAAAAAGAUUUCCAAGCUAGCAGAAAAUUUAGAGCAAAUCUCUUGCUUCUACACGGACUUGCAUCCCCCAGACUUCGAAAUAGGCACCGGACGGUCACCAAACCAUCAAACGACGGCGCCGGCAACCUGGGCGAAAAUUAUUCGUCUUCGUGGGUGUUUGAUCUCAGAGUCACCAUAGAGUCCUUCCUUCAGCAAGUCAUUCCAUCAGCACGCAAAAUGACGACAUCCAAAAGUGCACCUGCUGAGUUGUCCAAUCCUGGAAAGAGCAAACCUACCAUGCACGAGGACAUGUUCGUCAUCGCAUUAGUUGCAAAGGAAGUAGCGGAAAGCGCGGAAAGCGUGUGGGGAGAGAAAGAGCCUACCAGAAAUCAGAAGCUUGCCAUAGCCGAGCUCACGAUACAAGAAUUCGUAACAAAUCUCUCUGGGAAGCCGCUCAUUUCUACUGAAGCAAGCAGAGUAUGGGACCAGCCGCAACUCAUGCAGGCCUGCGUGGUAGCAGCAGCAAAAUCUGCCGACCCUGCCGCCUACUGUCCGCCUUUACGCCGCAUCAAUAAGAUCAACGAAUCACCAGGUGACUCCUAUAGAGCAUUACUUGAAUACAGUGAAAAGCACUGCUAUCUUGAGGAAAUCCAGUCUGACGACGAGGACUUCUUCUUCCAGUCACUUUCACCUCCCAGAGGCCUAGUAAGAAGCAGACAAUCUGAAGCACGAAGUAGCCGUGAGCCGACGAUGCACAGAACAAAUAAGCUGGGAGAAGGACAAUCCACAGAUGGAUGCGACCCUCGGGAACCACUCUUGUUACCCAAGAACAGCAUCACAAGCAGAACGAGAGGAGUCAACACGGAGAAGGCACUCAAAUUCCGCAGAGUAGAAGAUCAAGGGGCCAUCAAGGCGCAAGGAAUCAUGAUACAAGGGAGCACCAACACGGCUUCAGCCUCCUCAUCUGUUGCAUCAACUCCAGCCAGCAAGCCUACCAGUCAACCAUUCACACGCAUUACACCAAAUCUCAACGCGAGUCGAUUCUUCGAAGGAGUGCACACGAUGGAAGAAGAACAGCAUAGUAGUGAAGAGCACAAGCAUAGACAUGAUAACGCGCGAAAAGAGAAGAAACAACGAGACAAGGAGACACACGAGCUCUUCUUCACCAGGGAGGAAACGUCAAACAACAGCGUGAUGGCAAAAGCGAAUGGGAAUCAAAGUGGUGACAUGGACAAACCGAGGACGACCAUAGUCAAGGGUAAGGUUUACGAAUCCGAUUCGGACACUUCAUCCAUGGAAGAUCUUCUUAUGCAAGCAGUCAACGAGUCGGGCGCAUAUGGCAAAAGAAGCAACAGUACUCAUCUCAUCGAUUUUCCCAAAAAGAGCAAGAAGAAAGGGGAUAACAGCAAGGAAGUAAUGAUGCCAAGAGAGGGUCG